CUGCCAAAAAUGGACCUUCAGAGCCGAAGUCUCGGUGGGCUCGAUCAGCAAUCCCUCACCAAACGCAACCACAAACCUGCGAAAUCUCUGGGGCCUAAAGUGGUAACAGUACAAUUCACCUCCGAGUCCAUGUUGUAGAGCGAUAGUUCUCCCAUUGAGUCCCAGCCACUAGGGUUUUGAAAAGAUUUGGUUUUUGCUCUACGACCCAUAUCUUCCUCUGCAGCAAUCGGAUAGGGUUUGGUCCAUUUAUUCCUCCUUUCAGUUUCACUCAAUUUCUUGCAUUUUCGUGGAUUCCUGUAGUAGGCCAUCAUGAUUCCUGAGAAUCUUUACUGAAGCUCAGAGCUUGAGAUUUGUCAAGGAAGUGAAGAAAUGACAACUCUGAAUCCGUUUGGGCUUCUCGGUGAUGAUGACGCAGAGGACCCAACUCUUCUCCUUGCUGCACAGCAGAAAGCUGCUGGUCCUGCUACGGCUACUGUUCAAGCAAAGAAAACUCCAUCUCAGGCUCAACCUGCGGCUAAGCUGCCCUCUAAGCCUCUUCCUCCAGCUCAGGCCGUGAGGGAGUCCAGGAAUGAAGGUCAGCGUGGAGGCCGUGGUCGUGGUACUGGCCGUGGCCGUGGUGGGCGUGGGUUUAGUGGAGAUUUGGUUGACAAUGAAAAUGCAUUUGGAAACAGUAAUGGGUUCACUGGUGUCUACAAGCCUUCAGAAGAUGGUGAUGAUGGAAGGGCUCCUUUUGAAAGACGUCCAUAUAGUGUACCACGGGGAAGUGGGGGUCCCCAUGGUGGUCGUGGUGGCCUCAAUAAUGGUGAAGCUGCCGCGGGGGACCAUCCUCGCAGGGUGUUUGAUCGUCGCAGUGGAACUGGACGUGGGACUGAGUACAAGCGUGAGGGUGCUGGACGUGGAAAUUGGGGAACACACACUGAUGAGAUAGUCCAGGAUACUGAGGAACCUGACAGUGAAGGAGUGAAGAAUGUUGAAUCCGAAAAGCGAUCGGGACAAGAUGAUGUUGGUGAUGCUAACAAGGACACUUCUGCAAAAGAACAGGAAGAGAAGGAGCCAGAAGAAAAGGAGAUGACUUUAGAGGAGUACGAAAAGGUACUCGAAGAAAAGAGAAAGGCAUUGCUUGCAUUAAAAUCUCGGGAAAGGAAGGUCGACUUGGACAAAGAACUUGAAUCCAUGCAACUUUUGUCCAACAAGAAGAAUGAUGAUGAUGUCUUCAUUAAAUUGGGUUCAGAUAAGGAUAAACGCAAAGAGGCAGCUGAGAAGGCCAAGAAGUCAGUAAGCAUAAAUGAAUUUUUGAAGCCAGCAGAAGGGGAAAAAUACUACGGAGCAGUCAGGCGUGGCAGGGGACAUGGCCGUGGUAGAGGUGGAUAUGGAGGAAACAACUAUGACUUGCAGGCCCCAGCUAUUGAAGAUGUAGGACAGUUCCCUUCCCUGGUCGCCAAGUGAGGGACACCUGACCAUCCAUCUAAGCUCUGCCGUCAACCAGCACAGCUUCGUGGCUUGCAGGUGGCACAAUGAAAAUUGUGCAAACUCAUACUAACUUAAGUGUACAUUUAGAUGUAUCCCAAUAUUCUAGCUCAUGGUGCUUCAUGAUUUUGACAUCGCAUGAAUAUUUUCACCAUAAUUAGAGCAUUAGGGCCUUUUUACCCUUGUUUGCUUUUGUCAUUUUUUACCCCUUGUCCUUAUUUAUUGGAGUUUUUUUUGGUCAUUCUAGUGCUGGAAUGGAGUCAUAACAAUUUUGUUUUA